AUGAGCUCGAGCUUGACAGUGGACGACUUGCGAGCGCAACUUUCUCAGCUUGGUCUCUCGACUCGCGGACAUCGACCCGAGCUGCGCGCUCGAUUGAAACGCAGUCGCAUCAGGCAGGAAGCGCCACCCGCGUUGGCAGGUUUGGGUGAGAUGGCGGUGAUGGGAAGCUUGUCGGGCAUCUCGACAGACUCGCAGAGCUCGAGUGCGGGAGAACGGAGCACGAUGCACAGCGCGCCCCUCACACCCCGCACGCCCAAAUCAUCUGCCAGCCCUCGUUCUCCCGUGCCGAGCUCGGCCUCGCCCAGAUCCUUCGCUACGCCGACAAGUCCGAGCAGGCAGAGCAGGAAUGGGCCAAAGAGGAACGGCGGUCGGCUGAAACUUUGUCGAUCUGCCAGUCACCCUUUGUCCCCCGCUAUCGAUGGGUACAGGUCUCGUCCCGUCAGCGCCGCCUACCAGAAUGCGCUCGGAGAGGCCUCUACCUCCUUGGCCACCAGCGCGACUCAGUCUUCCCCUGCCAGCAGGCUGGGAGCAGAGCAAGAGUUGGAGCAUUACGACUCAUUUCUCGUCUUGGAUGUGGAGGCGACCUGCGAGCGAGGGCCACCACAGAGAACGCGAAGCGCUAGCUUCGACUGGCCAAACGAGAUCAUCGAAUUGCCUGUCAUACUGCUGCAAUGGAAGCCGCGUCGGGCAGUGCAGAUCCAUCAGCUGGAACAGCGAGCGACCGCAUACAACGUGCACCCACCCACUUCUCCUGCAGCGUUGCGUCGAAGUGCGGGACCUAGCUCACCUGCAUCGCCCAAGACCGAAAGUUUUCGGUAUACGGCCUCGUUGGCGCAAGACGAGCUGACGCAGCUGGCAGGACUGGGAGCAGACAAGGAUCCCAUAGACGCGUUGCAAACACCUUCAAGUGAGGACGAGCCAAGUCUGGUGGUAGUGGAUACCUUUCACACUUUUGUCAGACCGACUUGGCGGCCCCGCCUGACGCGCUUCUGCAGAGAGCUAACGGGCAUAGAUCAAUCGACUAUAGAUGCAGCUCCGACCUUUCCAGCAGCUCUGGACGCUCUCCGAGCUUUCUUGUCGCGACACUCGCUCCUCGAAGCACCCACCGGACCUCGAUCGCGGCCUUUGCCGGCACGAACAAGAAUAAAUGGCAGCUCGAGCUAUCGUCUUUCUGUCCCUUCGACUCCCUCGUCACCCGCUCUCACAUCUAACGCGCCGUCCAAUACUGGUACGACAGCGACGGUCGCAUCGAGCACUGGUGCGACAGAAACGCCGAUCCCAGCGCUCAGGCGAGGCGUGACGUGGGUCACGCAUGGGCCUUUUGAUCUGAGAGAUUUUGUAGUCAAGCAGUCCUUCAUGUCUGGCUUUGAUGGACCUCCGCGCUUCAUGCGCGGACCGCUGAUCGACGUGAGGAAAAGCAUACAGACGCUUUACGACGUCGAGAGGCCUCUGCCCACUGAGAAGUGGGGCGACCACGAUGCUGUUAGCGCUCCGGGCGCAAAAGCCUCGGAGCAAGCUGCACCUGGGCUGCUCAAAAUGGAAGGACGGACGACUGCAGCUUCAUCAACUUUGAACGCUUUCGGUUCGACGAACCCAAACACCACAGCAGGGUCCUCGUUGGACGAGUUCCUGCCCGUCGAGCACCUUGCCAGAACAAGGACGCACACGCACGACCCCAAUGACACGAGCGCCCCCGAACGUCGGUCAACGCACAUCCGCAGCGCAGGGAUGCAGCAGAGCAAAAAAGCGCCGAUACGCGACACGACCAUCAGCGGUUUGCUAGCAGUUUUGAAGCUGCAGCCGUUCGAGGGAAGAUUGCAUUCGGGCAUGGACGAUACGAGGAAUAUAGCUAGACUGAUGCAAGAGUGCGCUCGAAGAGUCCUCGUAGCUUCGCGCAGCACUGCUCUAGCCGGCGAUUGUGAGGGGGAGGAGGAGGAGGAGGAGGAGAUGAUGCAAGGCGAUGGCGAUGGAGGGAGAGGGAGAGGGGGGCCCAAGGAAGAGUACCUCGUUAGCGCUAGGAGAAUGUCGGAUCUGGAGAGGAGGAGCAGAUCGCUGGAGAGCUGUUUGCUUCCCAAUGUCAAUCUGGAAAAGGCGAUGGGAAGGAGGUGGCAUUGGAUGGGAGAUGUGCUGGGUCAGGUCAGCUGGGAUGCUCCGGAAGAGAGGGAUACGGAUGUGGAAGGAUGA